AUGUGGCGGGCAGGACACUCGGAAGAGGAGGAUUCCGGCAGGGAUGCCAGGGACUCGUUGUCGAAGCCGCUGAAGACAUUGCGGUUUCGAGGGUCUUCCCCCGCUUCGUCUCGCUCCGUAGAGCAAGACAGAGAAUCGAAACUGGCGGACGACGAGGUUGCCGUCGAAGACCGGCUCACAACCUCAAAGAAGGGCGCUCCAUCGGACGAAAUCCACGCCGGCCUCGAGGAUCAGUCUGAGACGUCUCACCGUGAAUCUUCGUCUGUUUCGCAGCUGGCGUCCCUCUCCCCCGACUCGAUGCGGCUCCCCUCCUCGAGAGACGCACGAGACCGUCUCUUUGGCGGUUUCCUCACCGAAGAGGAAGAAGAGGAGGAAGACGACGACGCGGAGAUCGUCAUCGAGCGUGACGGCCGCGUCAGGGUGCAUCCUCACAGCCACUACGGCGGCUUCAAUUUCGGGCGGCGGUUCCACCGCAGCGGACCGUCGUUCCUGGUCGCUAGCGAACGGCGCCUUCGCGAGGAGCAAAGCGAGAUGUCGGACCUGGCGCUCCUGCGGGAACUCCGCCGAGAGAGACAGGACCGCGACAUUCACCUGCACAUGAGCGAGCGAGAGCGCGCGUUGCAGGAGGAGAUUCAUCGGAUAUUUCUUGAGGAAGAAGCGAAGUUCCCGCUGCAUGAGUACCGAAGCAACCGGCCCUUCUCAGCCGCGGAGACGAUGGCUCGAGUCACAUCAUCGCCGGGGUCCUCGCUUACAUCUGGGUCGUCCUUGAUCUCGUCGUCCAUCGGAUACGUCAUCGCCUUCAUUCUCGGCUUCGGCAGCAUCUUGCUGAUCGCUUCGCUCUGCUGCGUGCUCCGAGCUGUCUAUGUCAGAAGGAAGAAGGAAGCUAUGAAGAAGCUUCUCAGAGAGAAAUUGGGACCGGAUGCCGGCUUUGACGAUGAGCCUGCCCCGCCUGCGGAAGUUCCUGUCAAAGAUGUUCCCGGUGCCGAAGAAGGCUGGGUAGAUAUUCAAGUUGAACAGCAGAGUGCGCCUGCUGAGGAGAUGAUGAUGGAUGUCGCGCGCCAGACCUCAAUUCAGCGGAGCGCUUCAGAGGUGGCACCGCCGCCCAUCCCGGUGCCUGUGGAGCCAGAGAAGCCUGCAAAGCCGAACAAGUCACUGAAGAAGAAGAAGGAUCGCUCCGAAGCCGGUUCUAGCAUGUUGGACGCAUCAGGUGUUCCAGCGCCCCCCUCUGCGAAGAAAGCAGACAAAGCAGACAAGAAGAAAGGGAAGAAGAAGAAGGACGACUUGAAGAAGGCCCUGUCAAGCAAACACCGUGGUGGAUCAACCGGCUGA